CCGCGUUCCGGUUCCGGUCGGUUGCCCGGGAGACGCGGCUACACAGAGAGGAGCGGCGGCCGUCGGAGGCCGAGGCGUGGCGGCGGGUGCCCCUCGGUGGGCUCGCAGGCGGGGCGCGGACGGCCCGGGGCGCCGGGCGCGGGGCGGGCGCCAUGAGUCAGAGGCAGGUGCUGCAAGUGUUCGAGCAGUACCAGAAAGCCCGGACCCAGUUCGUGCAGAUGGUGGCGGAGCUGGCGACCAGACCCCAGAACAUCGAGACGCUGCAGAACGCGGGUGUAAUGUCUUUGCUGAGGCCUCUUCUCUUGGAUGUGGUCCCGACAAUUCAACAGACGGCCGCUCUGGCGCUUGGGAGACUGGCUAAUUAUAAUGAUGAGCUGGCAGAAGCAGUUGUGAAGGGUGACAUUCUUCCACAGCUUGUCUAUUCAUUGGCAGAACAGAAUCGUUUUUACAAGAAAGCAGCUGCCUUUGUGCUACGAGCAGUUGGUAAACACUCUCCUCAACUAGCUCAAGCAAUAAUAGAUUGUGGAGCGCUGGAUACGCUGGUGAUAUGCUUGGAAGAUUUUGACCCUGGAGUCAAGGAGGCUGCAGCCUGGGCACUUGGAUAUAUUGCAAGACAUAAUGCAGAACUGUCACAAGCUGUGGUGGAUGCAGGAGCGGUUCCCCUUUUAGUACUCUGUAUCCAGGAGCCAGAAAUUGCUUUGAGAAGGAUUGCUGCUUCGGCCCUCAGUGAUAUUUCAAAGCAUUCUCCAGAGUUAGCGCAGACGGUGGUGGAUGCAGGAGCUACUGCUCACUUAGCCCAGAUGAUCCUGAACCCUGAUGCUAAAUUGAAGCGUCAGAUCCUUUCAGCUCUCAGUCAGAUUGCAAAACAUUCUAUAGAUCUGGCAGAAAUGGUGGUUGAAGCAGAGAUUUUUCCAGUUGUACUCACCUGUCUGAAGGACAAAGAUGAAUAUGUGAAGAAAAAUGCUUCUACUUUAAUUAGAGAGAUUGCAAAACACACACCUGAGCUGUCGCAGUUGAUAGUUAACGCGGGAGGAGUUGCUGCCGUGAUUGACUGUAUUGGGUCCUGCAAGGGAAAUAUAAGGCUGCCUGGCAUCAUGAUGCUUGGUUAUGUAGCAGCUCAUUCUGCAAACCUGGCGAUGGUGGUGAUCAUUUCCAAGGGUGUGCCCCAGUUGUCAGUCUGCCUGUCGGAAGAACCAGAAGAUCACAUUAAGGCCGCUGGGGCUUGGGCCUUGGGACAGAUUGGGAAACACACUCCGGAGCAUGCACGGGCUGUCGCGGUCACAAAUACUUUGCCGGUGCUGCUUUCUCUGUACAUGUCAACAGAAAGUUCUGAGGAUCUGCAAGUAAAAAGUAAAAAAGCCAUAAAAAGUAUCCUACAAAAAUGCACCUAUUUACCAGCCCUUGAGCCAUUUCUGUAUGAUGCUCCUCCCAAUAUUUUGAAGCAUGUGAUUGGACAGUUCAGUAAGGUGCUGCCACAUGACAGCAAAGCUCGACGACUUUUUGUAACAAGUGGUGGACUUAAAAAGCUUCAAGAGAUAAAAGCAGAACCUGGAUCUCUCCUUCAAGAAUACAUCAACAUUAUUAACAACUGUUACCCAGAGGAAAUAGUAAGGUAUUAUUCCCCUGGAUAUUCAGAGACACUUCUGCAGAGGGUGGACAGUUAUCAACCACUUACUAACUAAGCAAAGUUAUACUCGAAUUCACAGCAGAGUAUUUUUGAAUAAAAGUUGUUAAAGCUCUUUUUAAAUAUUUGAACUAAGUACAUUCUAGUGUGAAAUACCUUUGGAUAAUAUUUUCUAAAUUAAUGUAAUCCUUUAAAAAUUAGUGGCUUGAAUAUAUGAGGAAUUAUUCAUGGUCAUUUGCAUAGGAUUUGCUCUAAAGGUAGAUUUAAAAAAGACGUUAAAAGGUUUAAGGCAUUUGUUAUUGUUCUAUUAAAAACCAUACACACACCCCCCUCCAACUAGAUAUAGAUGAAAGAUGGUUCAAUAACUCUUAGUUAUUUUGGCCAAUUCCUCAUAAGCAUAGGCAAGGAAAACUGGCCUUGCAAAUUCCACAGUAGGAUAUAGAAGGAAACAGUUGAAAGAGGAAACUGAUGACAGAAAUACAGGACACUUGAAAGAGACUCUGAUGCUGGUCACAUAAUUCAUUAACCUACACUUGGAAUCUGUGGGUAACCUGUCAGGUUUUCCUAAAAACUUAGGAAGCUCUCCUCUUCAUCCCAAGUUUUCUAAGCUCUUUUCUCACCUUACCUAACCAAUUCUUACCUUUCAUGGGGCUGGCUAGGGUAGAGGUCAAUAUUAAGCAUUAUACUGCUGCAGAUGUGCUUUCCAUUUUCAUUGCACGUUUUCUUAGUCUAGCUCUGCUCAUGAAUAAACAAGGAAGCAGGCGUGUAAAAUGGGUCCUCAGUAUUCCCUUGUCCUAGCUUCACUUUCCCAAGUUUCAAAAGUCACAUUUUCAGAGAUUUAAGGAAUAAUUUGAAAAUAAUACCAUGAGGCGCACACCUUAUAUGCAUUUUCACUUAGAGAGGUGAAAGUGGGUGAGUGGGAGUUUCAGUAAAACUUUACAUAAAAGCUGCA